AUGGCUAUCGAUGACUUAAGCCAUUGUUUAACUUAUUCAGAGCCUUUUCAACUCCCAAAAUUUAUUUUUGCCCUAAAACAAUUUUGGACAGAUCCAGCAUUACACAGACAAGUGUUACCUAAACUUGGACAGUUUCAUAUGCAAGAAUCUUUGCCACAUUUCUUCAACUCCAUAGACAGAAUAAGUCAAUCUAAUUAUGUCCCUACUAUUCAGGAUAUUCUUUUAUUAAGAGUUCCAACUAGUGGAAUUGUUGAGGUCCAAUUCAAUGUAAAUCGGUUUCCUUUUCGAGUAUUUGAUGUUGGAGGACAAAGAAAUGAACGUCGAAAAUGGAUUCAUUGUUUUGAUAACGUUCAAGCUAUUAUAUUUGUUGCUGCAGUUAGUGAAUUUGAUCAAACACUCGAAGAGGAUGAAAAUACAGUAAAAACCCCCUCCAAAAAUUUCAAAAUUUUUUUAAAGAAUCGCCUAAUCGAAUCCUUACAUUUAUUUAAAUCAAUUUGUAUGGCCAAAUGGUUUAUUAACACUGGGAUGAUUUUAUUUCUCAACAAAACUGAUUUAUUUGAACAAAAAAUUGCUGGGAAGAAAAGUAUAAAACAGCUAUUCCCAAGCUAUAGUGGUUGGAAAUUAAAAAUUUUAAACUCAAGACGGGAUAAAUUUUUAAAAAUUCUUUUGGUACAUUCGAUAGAGAAUAAAAUUUUCUACAAGAUAAAAAAGGAAUUGAAUCUCCAAAUAAAUUUUAAAAAUAAUUAUGGCCAAAAAACUAUCAAAAAUACCCAAAAAUGUCAGUUUUUCGACUACAACUUCUUCAUGUAUUAA